ACCACUACCAGGGCAAUUUCGUCAACUCCGUGCCUUGCCUUGCCUUGCCUUGAUCCGGAUCUUGAACCCUUGGCCGUAUAUUGAUCGUUGGAUCAGCACCUCAUCAACCGUUAACAGUGAGACCGAAUGUAGGAGAGUGGCCUUCGAAAAUUUCAAAAACUCGAUCGAUCCCGCUGCUUCUCAUUUCCUUCCAACUUUCUAUCAUCUGCCCAACUAAACACACCGCAGACAUCGAAUAAUCUCUCCAUCUUGCACACAACACACACACACACUGACUGUUUGCAGAGAUGUCCGGUCGCCAUGAAAAGGGCGUCAAUGUUCAGGUCCUUCUUCGAUGCAGGCCUUUUAGUGAUGACGAGUUAAGGAACAACGCGCCUCAGGUUGUAACGUGUAAUGAGUAUCAGAGAGAAGUUGCGGUUUCACAGAGUAUUGCUGGGAAACAAAUCGAUAGGGUUUUCACCUUUGACAAGGUUUUUGGACCUACCUCCCAACAAAAAGAUUUAUAUGAACAAGCAAUCACUCCCAUCGUAAAUGAAGUUUUAGAAGGAUUUAAUUGUACCAUUUUUGCUUAUGGACAAACAGGUACCGGAAAAACUUACACCAUGGAGGGUGAAUGUAAGAGAUCAAAGAGUGGGCGUGAUGGAGAGUUGCCUUCACAUGCAGGAUUAAUCCCUAGAGCUGUAAAACAAAUAUUUGACACUUUAGAGCACCAAAAUGCUGAGUAUAGUGUUAAAGUAACUUUCUUGGAGUUAUAUAAUGAAGAAAUCACCGACUUACUUGCUCAUGAAGAGAUUUCAAGAGUUGUUGAGGACAAACAGAAAAAGCUUUUGCCACUCAUGGAAGAUGGUAAAGGUGGUGUUCUUGUGAGAGGAUUAGAAGAAGAGAUUGUUACAAGUGCUAGUGAAAUUUUCUCCUUAUUAGAGAGAGGUUCUGCAAAACGUCGAACUGCAGAAACCUUGUUAAACAAGCAAUCAAGUCGCUCACAUUCUUUGUUUUCUAUAACCAUCCACAUCAAAGAGUCCACCCCUGAAGGUGAAGAACUUAUCAAAUGUGGCAAACUGAAUCUUGUUGAUUUAGCUGGUUCUGAAAAUAUUUCAAGAUCUGGUGCUAGGGAGGGUCGUGCAAGAGAAGCUGGAGAAAUAAACAAAAGUUUACUUACUCUAGGAAGAGUGAUAACUGCUCUAGUGGAGCAUCUAGGGCACAUCCCAUAUAGGGAUAGCAAAUUAACUCGUCUUCUUCGUGAUUCAUUGGGUGGAAGGACUAAAACAUGCAUCAUUGCAACUGUAUCUCCUGCUGUUCAUUGUCUUGAAGAGACUUUAAGCACAUUGGAUUAUGCUCACAGGGCAAAAAAUAUUAAGAACAAGCCUGAGGUUAAUCAGAAGAUGAUGAAAACAACUCUUAUCAAAGAUCUUUAUGGUGAAAUUGAAAGACUCAAAGCUGAGGUUUAUGCAUCACGUGAAAAAAAUGGAGUUUAUAUGCCUAAAGAGAGAUACUAUCAAGAGGAGUUGGAACGUAAGUCAAUGGCAGAUCAGAUUGAACGAAUGGAAAUUAAAAUAGAAAACCAAGAAAAGGUAUUACAUUUUAGUCUUGCUUCCUUUAUUUUGGGACAAAACAUGGUUCUUAUUAUUGCCACUUAUUAUUAUUUUUUUUAUUUGUUGAAUAAACAGCAAUAUGAAGAAUUGCAAACUAAAUUUAAUGCACGUGUCCAAGAAUGCUCAGAUUUGAGUAACAAGCUCAAUUCUACCCAGAAUGAUUUAAAUCAAACUAGUAAGGCACUAGCUAAUACCCAAGAAGAAUUAAAGAAAUGUGAAUAUGUGAUCAAGGAACGAGAUUUUAUCAUAAGUGAACAGAAAAAAUCAGAAAAUGCAUUGACUCAUCAAGCUUGUGUUCUUCGGUCUGACUUGGAAAAAUCCCUCAAGGACAAUGCAUCAUUGUUUAUGAAGAUUGCAAGAGAAGACAAACUGAAUGCUGAUAAUAGAUCUGUUGUGAAUAAGUUUGAAUCUGAACUCACACAAGACAUUAAAUCUCUUUGCAACAUGGUUGCCACAUCAUCAUCUCAGCAAAAUGAACAACUUCAAUGCAUUGAAAAGUUUUGUCAUACCUUCAUUAACAUUAACGAUAAGGCUGUGAAUGAGUUGAAAAAGAAAGUUUGUGCUUCAAAAGCAUUGUAUGUUUCUCACCUUGAGGCAUUGCAAAAUGUUGUGGUUUUACAUAAAGCAAACUCUAAUGCAAACUUAGAGGAGGUUCUAUCUUUGACUUCAUCUAAUGCUUCUUCUGUUGAAAAAGUAUUAGCUGAAGAAGCAUCUGAAGGACUUUCUAUUUUUGAUGAACUUCAUGGCUCUUUAUCAACUCAACAAGGCGAAAUGGCACAUUUUGCUAGAGAGCUUCGACAGAGAUUUAAUGUCAGUGUUGGACAUACAACAGAUAUAUCCAACUUCAUCAAUGAAUUCUUUGAUAAGUUAAUGGAAAAAUCAAAAGAUCUAGGAAGCCAUGCCAUUCAAGUCAAUGAGAUACAAACAAAAAACAUUGAUGAAUUUCAAAAGGCAUACGAGGAACACGCGAAAUCUGAUGCUGAGAAACUUAUUGCUGAUGUAACUAGUUUAUUAUCUAACCAUAUUUGUCGUCAAAAAGAAAUGGUGGACACACGACUAGCUACAAUCAAAGAAACCGCGACUGGAAGCAAGAAGAUUUUGGAUGGACAGGUGUCAUCGUUUGAGAGGAUCACAUCAGAUGCGAAAAGGAAAUGGGAAGAGUUUUCCACACAAGCAGAAAAUGACGCCAAAGAAAGUGCUGAUUUUGCUGCUGCUAAACACUGUCGCUUUGAAUCAGUCCUUCAGAAAUGUUUUGAUACGACUGAAACGGCUCUACAACAUUCUAGAAAAACACAGGAUUUGGUUAUUGAAAUGGGAAAAAAACAUGUGACAGAAGUCAACUCCUGUGUGAAAAGUGGAGUUGAGAGUAAUGAACAGCAUGAUGCUGAGAUUAGUUCGUUAAGGGCUACUGCUGAACAUGAUGUCUUGAAGAACAGCGAGAAUAUUUCAAUGCAGUUUAAUGGUACAUCAGAAGAAGAGAGAGAGGUAGUUUCUUCAAUUCUGGAAACAACAAAAUCUCAAACCAAAAAUCUUGAAAGCUUACAUAAGGAUCAUGGAACACAAUCUGCCUCUAUACAACAAAAGUCUCACGAUACUUUCCACCAGAAAUACAUGGAUUAUGAGGCAACAGGAAAUACCCCUGUAAGAAGUGAUACAGAUGUCCCAAGUAAAAUGAGCAUAGAAUCCCUUCGAGCAAUGCCAAUGGAGAGUUUGAUGGAAGAAUUCAGGGAAAAUCAUUCGUUUGAAGGAAAGGAUUCCAAGAUUUCUCCUGCUACUGCUACUACUACUACACGCCCACCAUUGACACAAAUCAAUUGAAAUUUCCUAUUUUUUCAUGUACAAAAUCUUGUUGCUUCUGUAUAUGAUCAAAAUAUAUAUCCCUGCUUGGGAUUUAAUGGGUUUUGUAUUAAAAUCAAAUGUGGUAAGAAAAUCGGGGAUUUUUGUUCAUCUGGGAAGAUAUUUAAUUCCUUUUUUUUUUUUAAUUAUGUUGUAAUGGUUUAGGGAAGAGAGUGGUAUUGUUUUACUAUUGGAUACUGAUAGGAUACCUUUCUUGUAUCACAGUUGAGAUUUAUGUUUGUA